AGAGGUUUAAACUAUAUAGAUCACUAAUCAACUUAUAUACUACAAUGGCUAAAGUUUCGAAAGCCAAAGAAGGCAAAGUGAGGAGCAAGUCUAGUGAAUCCAAGAAGAGAAGCAACGAAGAAGCUCAGCUCGAUGAUAAUGAAAAGUUAGUUGAUGAAUUAGAUGACGAAUUUGAUGAAGUAGCUGAUUUAUUAGGAGCUGAUGUCAAAGACUUUGCUGAUGAAAAACCAUCUAAAAAGAGAGUUGUCGAUGAGUUACCUGAAAUAGCUAAGUCCAAAGUAGUUGAAAAUCCUGAAGAUGGGGAAAAUGAAUUAUUUGAAGAUGUUGGUUUAUCAGAACCAACUUUAAAGGCCAUUAAAGAUAUGGGAUUUUCAAAGAUGACUAAAGUUCAAGCCAAAACUAUUCCACCAUUAUUAGCUGGAAGAGAUGUUUUAGGUGCCGCUAAAACUGGUUCCGGUAAAACAUUAGCAUUCUUGAUUCCUGCUAUUGAAAUGUUAUAUUCAUUAAAAUUCAAACCUAGAAAUGGUACUGGUGUCAUUGUUGUAUCCCCAACCAGAGAAUUGGCUUUACAAAUCUUUGGAGUUGCCAGAGAAUUAAUGGCUCAUCAUACUCAAACUUUCGGUAUUGUUAUUGGAGGUGCUAACAGAAGACAAGAAGCUGAAAAAUUAGCCAAGGGUGUUAAUUUGUUAAUUGCUACUCCAGGUAGAUUAUUAGAUCAUUUACAAAAUACUCAAGGAUUUGUAUUUAAGAAUUUAAAAGCAUUAGUUAUUGAUGAAGCCGAUAGAAUAUUAGAAAUUGGGUUUGAAGAUGAAAUGAAACAAAUCAUUAAAAUAUUACCAAAAGAUGAAAGACAAUCCAUGUUAUUUUCCGCUACUCAAACUACUAAAGUUGAAGAUUUAGCCAGAAUAUCAUUAAGACCAGGUCCAUUAUAUAUAAAUGUGGUACCAGAAAGUGAAGUAUCAACUGCCGAUGGAUUAGAACAAGGUUAUGUUGUAUGUGAAUCAGAUAAAAGAUUCUUAUUAUUAUUUUCAUUUUUAAAGAGAAACAUUAAGAAAAAGAUUAUUGUUUUCCUUUCAUCAUGUAAUUGUGUUAAAUAUUUUGGAGAAUUAUUAAAUUAUAUUGAUUUACCAGUAUUAGAUUUACAUGGAAAACAAAAACAACAAAAGAGAACUAAUACAUUUUUUGAAUUUUGUAAUGCUAAACAAGGUAUAUUGAUAUGUACUGAUGUUGCCGCUAGAGGGUUAGAUAUUCCAGCUGUUGAUUGGAUCAUUCAAUUCGAUCCACCUGAUGAUCCAAGAGAUUAUAUUCAUAGAGUUGGUAGAACUGCCAGAGGUACCGAAGGUAAAGGUAAAUCAUUAAUGUUCUUAACUCCAACUGAAUUAGGUUUCUUAAGAUAUUUAAAAGCUGCUAAUGUUCCAUUAAAUGAAUAUGAAUUCCCAACCAAUAAGAUUGCUAAUGUUCAAGCUCAAUUAAAUAAAUUAAUCAAGAGUAAUUAUUGGUUACAUCAAUCUGCUAAAGAUGGUUAUCGUUCAUAUUUACAAGCUUAUUCUUCACAUCAUUUAAAGACUGUUUAUCAAAUUGAUAAAUUGGAUUUAGUUAAAGUUGCCAAAUCAUUUGGAUUUGAAGUUCCACCUAAAGUGAAUAUCAGUAUCGGUUCAAGUGGUAAAGCCAUAGAUAAGAAGCAUAAGAAACAAAAGAACUAAACUAAUGUAUAGAUCAUAUAUAUAUUUAUAUAAAAUCAGUGUAAUAUAGGGAAGCA